UCUAGUGAUUGUUGUGCUCCGCUCCUGCGAUGCGCCGCAGAAAUAAGAGCCGGAGCUUCUCACAUUUCUCCCAGCAGAGCGCUGGGGUAACACUACCCGGGAGGUGACUGAGAGCCCCGUGUGAAGGAGGAGAGGAAGGAGGAAGGGAAGGGAAGGGAAGGAAAGGAAAGGGAAGGGAAGGAGGAACGAAGGAACGAACGGAACGGAGCCGAUCGGAUCGGCGGGUCGCCGCGCCGCACUGCUGCCGAGCCCACGUCGGAGCCCCAAGGAGAAGCUCCGCUCGCGCGGCGUUUGCGCGGAACGUGGAUGGGAGAGGCUUUUGAAAAUAAUUUGGCCUUUUGAACUCUGAGGACCACGCCUUGCACUGACCGACAGAACCAGUCAUCUGAAGGUUGCAGGGAACCGUCAAGCGGAAUGCUUCGGGAAUGACCUGCUGGGAGAGGACCUCGAGGAAACGCCCUCUCAAGCUCUUCCUCUUCCACUCCCUGGAGGCGUUUCCAGCUGGACACCGCUCCGAUAUGUCCUGGGAGCCUGCCCGAAAAUCCAGAACUUAAAAGUGCUCUUGGUGGGGUGGGGCAGGGUGGUGGGGGUAGGCAGGGGCUGGCGGAGAGCUGGUAACGAGCACAAACCUCCCAUCCGGAGGUCCAUCCAAUCCGAUGGUUCCCCCUGCCGACGCCACGCCCAACACUGUUCUGCGAUGGUGACAUGAACAGUGCCUGCUGUGGGAGAGCUGAUGAUAAACCCCUUCCUUUUUCUUUCUAUCACCUCCGCUGUGACCUCUAGCUGCCCAAGUGUGUUAUUUUAGUUUUUGCUUUUCCCCCUCCCCCCCCAUUCUGGACCUGAGUGGGGGUGGACGAUGCUGAUCUGUGGGCGCCUACCGCGGCCCUUCCGCCAGCUCACCCUGCGGACCACCCUCCUCCUCCUCUUCGCCUUCUGUAUGGCCAGCGUUUUUGUCUCGGCCUACUUCCUCUAUGGCGUCAAGCGGGAGCUGGAGCCUGCUGGGGGCGCAGCCUCCGAGGGCUCGUUGGCCGACUGCGAUGACGCCAAGGUCGCUCCUUCACGUCUUCUUCCUCUGAGGACAGCUCGGCCCGCGGACUCGUCACGCACGGACCCCGUGGUGCUCGUGUUCGUAGAAAGUCUGUACUCGCAGCUGGGCCAGGAGAUUGUAGCCAUUCUGGAGUCCAGCCGCUUCAAAUACCGCACCGAGAUCUCACCCGGGAAGGGAGACAUGCCCACCCUCACCGACAAGGACCGUGGCCGCUUCACACUGGUUAUCUACGAAAACAUCCUCAAGUACGUCAACAUGGAUGCCUGGAACCGAGAGCUGCUGGACAAGUACUGCGUGGAAUAUGGAGUAGGGAUCAUUGGCUUCUUCAAGGCCAAUGAAAACAGCCUGUUGAGUGCCCAGCUCAAGGGCUUCCCCCUCUUCCUGCACUCAAACCUGGGCCUGAAAGACUGCACCGUGAACCCCAAGUCCCCUCUCCUCUUCAUCACCCGGGCUAGGGAGGUGGAGCGGGGCCCGUUGCCAGGCGAUGACUGGACCGUCUUCCAGUCGAACCACUCCACCUACGAGCCGGUUCUUCUGGCCAAGACGAGGUCGGCGGAGAGCGUGGCAGCCGUGGGCGGUACCGCCGCCUUGCACGCCUCCGUGGUGCAGGACCUCGGUCUCCAUGACGGGAUCCAGCGUGUCCUCUUUGGCAACAACCUCAACUUCUGGCUGCACAAGCUGGUCUUCGUGGAUGCCGUCUCUUUCCUGACGGGAAAGCGCCUGUCGCUGUCGCUGGACCGCUACCUGCUGGUGGACAUCGAUGACAUCUUCGUGGGCAAGGAGGGCACCCGCAUGAAGGUGUCUGAUGUCAAGGCUCUGCUCGAGACGCAGAAUGAGCUGCGCACCUACGUUCCCAACUUCACCUUCAACCUGGGCUUUUCCGGAAAGUUCUUCCACGCAGGCACGGAUGAAGAAGACCUGGGCGACGACCUGCUGCUGUCCUUAGUCAAGGAGUUCUGGUGGUUCCCUCACAUGUGGAGCCACAUGCAACCCCACCUCUUCCACAACCAAACGGUCUUGGCCGAGCAGAUGAUGCUGAACCGGCGGUUUGCGGCGGAUCACGGGAUCCCCACCAAUAUGGGCUACGCUGUGGCUCCCCACCACUCGGGCGUGUACCCCGUGCACGUGCAGCUCUACGAGGCCUGGAAGAAGGUUUGGGGCAUCAAGGUGACGAGCACGGAGGAGUACCCCCACCUGAAGCCCGCCCGCUUCCGCCGGGGCUUCAUCCACAGCGGCAUCAGCGUCCUUCCAAGGCAGACAUGCGGUCUCUUUACUCACACCAUCUUCUACAAGGAGUAUCCUGGAGGCCCCAAAGAGCUGGACAAGCUGAUAAACGGGGGGGAGCUUUUUCUCACCGUGCUCCUCAACCCUAUCAGCAUCUUCAUGACGCAUUUAUCCAACUACGGGAACGACCGCCUGGGGCUGUACACCUUCAAGAACUUGGUCAAGUUCCUGCAGACGUGGACCAACCUGAAGCUGCAGACAUUGCCACCUGUGCACCUGGCCCAGCGCUACUUCCAGAUCUUCCCCGAGGAGAGGGACCCACUGUGGCAGGAUCCCUGUGAGGACAAGCGACACAAGGACAUCUGGUCCAAGGAGAAAACGUGUGACCGAUUCCCCAAGCUCCUCAUCAUUGGACCACAGAAGACGGGUACGACGGCGCUCUAUCUCUUCCUGGGCAUGCACCCAGAUCUGACCAGUAACUAUCCCAGCAAGGAGACCUUUGAGGAAAUCCAGUUCUUCAAUGGCCACAACUACCACAAAGGAAUCGACUGGUACAUGGAGUACUUCCCGCUGCCCUCCAACACCAGCUCGGACUUCUAUUUUGAGAAAAGCGCCAACUACUUUGACUCGGAGUUGUCGGCCAAGCGGGCCGCUUCCUUGCUCCCCAAGGCCAAAAUCAUCACAAUCCUGAUCAACCCCGCCGACCGGGCGUACUCCUGGUACCAGCACCAGCGUGCCCACGAUGACCCUGCAGCCUUGAAGUACACCUUCCAUGAGGUGAUCGCAGCCGGCCGUGAUGCCCCCAUCAAAUUACGGGUGCUCCAGAACCGUUGCCUGGUCCCGGGAUGGUACGCCACCCACCUGGAUCGCUGGCUCAACUACUAUCACCCCAGCCAGGUUCUGGUCCUGGAUGGACAGAUGUUGAGAACGGAGCCUGCGUCAGUCAUGGAUAAGAUCCAGAAGUUUCUGGGACUGGUGAACGUAGUAAACUACCACAAAAUCUUGGCGUUUGAUCCCAAGAAAGGCUUCUGGUGCCAGCUCCUGGAAGGUGGAAAGACCAAGUGUCUGGGCAAGAGCAAGGGCAGGAGAUACCCAGAGAUGGACUUGGAUUCCCGCACCUUCCUGAGGGAGUACUAUCGGGAGCACAACGUCGAGCUCUCCAAGCUGCUGUACAGGAUCGGCCAGCCCUUGCCCAGCUGGCUACGUGAGGAGCUGGUCAACGCUAGGUAACAAGAGCCACCUGGACCGAACAUGGGCGACAGGACGAGUUGCUCCGCCCACCUGCCACGCCGGGGUGUGUGUUCUCUCCUCUGAAUAGGAGGGAGAAGUACGGGGGUGGUCCUGCAGCAGACUCGCCUACGUAGCUGCCUCCUUCCCUCCGUCAUCGGCCGGGGCUUCCCGCAGAGAACCACGAGAGAAUCUGGCCGAGUCGGACCUCCUCCGGGGCAGAGGAUGUGGGCAGAGGCAACCGCCAGCUGAUGGAUCAGAGGACGUCGUUUCCUUUCGGUGGAGGGCAACCAUGAGGAAACCGCACUCCCCGCCCUUCCGUGGCAUCCGGCCUCUUUAUCACCUGCUCCAGCGUGGCAGGACGCUGAAAGAGAAGCUGGAACUCAGGGGGCAACGACAGGACUUCUUUCCAUCUCCCCUACAUGUCUCUGCGCGCGCGCACACACAGAGACACUUUGGUUUUGGGAGAUCGCAGAAAGAAUACAUGUAUGCGUAGUGCCAGUUAUUAAAUACACUAGCCACAGGCGUAUGAAAGUGCCAGGAAGGAAUGUUCAUUUCCCAUCAACGUGGACUAUUCAGAGUUUUUUGUAUUUUUGACACGUUUGCUAUUUUUUUUAAGUCUUUUUUUUUUUUUUUUUUUCUUCUUUCCUUUUACAUCAUCGUGACCUGUUAAAAGUAUGGUACCACUGAGUAUUCAGACAACUACGGAACAAAGUUGGUUAGCACUGUUUGUCCCCGCCCCCCCCCGUUUUUAAGUGAUUUUAAAUAUGCAGACAUCAGAGUAAAAAAAACAAUUUAUGUCAGCACAAUGUGAAAACAGGAUAUGCAGAGCUUGCCAUUUUCUAAAGGAAUUUAAAAAGGAAAAAAAAAAAAACUAUUUUUCUGACUAUUAAAUAGAAAGUAAGCCGGAGUGUGAAAGGGGCAAUUAAAAGAGAUGCGGCGGAGAGACGUUAACUACACCCAGCCGGCGCGGUAAAGAAGGGUCGCCCAUUAGGCCGAUUAUAGCUUCACCUGAGAUUUGAAGUUGCCUUAUUUCUGACAAAGAAGUCUGGUUUUGGGUGAACGCAGCAGAGCCUUUUUUUUUUUUCCCCCUCUUUCUUUUCUAAGUUUCUCUUGGAAAACUGACUUCUGAAUGUGUGACGUGCGGAGCCUUUAGAUCAAUUAGGCCAGUUUCUGCGAUCGGAUGCUCUUCGCAGCUGAAGGUGAGGUCGGUCCCUGUUUUUCAAAAAAAAAAGGCUUGAAUGUUGCUAAGCAGUCCGAGCGUGUCGCCCAGAUUCCCCAGUGGCCCGCUGCGGACGAGAGAAGGCGAUUUGGAGAAGGACGGUGGGAGGGGAGAGAUUAGACUAGCCCCUGAUUGAGUUUAAUUUGAAACCUCGGCGGGGGUAAUUGAUCAGUCACACACGCCGCCGUGCCCAUGUUUCACAUUCUGCAUUUCAACACCCGCUUCCGUUCCCCUUGCACCAUCUGCCAGUUCCCCCUGCAGAGGACAGGAAGUCAUUUCAAUUCUGCAGCAAUGAAAAUGGAUUUAAUUUUUUUAAUCCUGUAAGGCAUGGAACGGCUGAACCCUCCCGGCCCAGAGAGCGUAGCUGCAGGCGAUGAGAAUGGCCGGCAGGAGAAAGCGGUGGCGCCGUGCCGACCCGGCAGGAGAGGCCCGAUGGCGGAGCGGUCGGGGCCAGACGUGUGCAGGGGGUGGUGCAGAUGGACGAGGACAGCUUACCGAAAAGGUGACCUCCAGCAGGAGACCUCGGCUUGCGUUCCCCUCCCGCCACGAGGACCGAACCCGACACGCACUUAAGUGUUCCGCGCGAGCCGCUCUCGCCAAGCAUAAGAUGAUCCAAGGGCCGGUAAAAGUUAACAAACAUUGCUCUUUGCCUUUCCCAGCCCUUUUCAAAUCCUUUACGCAACCCCAAGAGCUACCCUUUGUCUCUAUGUGCUUUUCCCCAUUCGUUUUUACACACACCCUUGUAUAGAAAGCAAGAGGCAGAGCAUGUAGGAAUUUUAUAUAAUAGCACAUCAAUACGGGGCCCCCAGAGGCUCUUUCAAAGCAACUUCAAAAGAGCGAUCUUAGAACUUGUGAUGCAAGGGGUGUUGGAGGCCUAGAGCAUCAUAGCGGAGCCGGAGGGUGUGCCACUGGGGUGAGGGUGUGGGGGG